UAAUCAAUAUGUACUUCUUGAUUUCUUAACAAUUUUAAGGAAAAUUCUAAAAAUUGAAGAAAUUUUAUUAAUAAAUCAUUAUUACAAUAUAAAAGUAUGUCAUUGCUCAUUAGGGUAUUAGGUUUAACCAGAACAUCAUUGCAAUCUGUAUUAACCAAAAGAGAUGUACCUGUAAGAUUGAUUUCUUCUUCACACACAUGCUAUCAAGAGGAAAAUAAUGACACUGAAGAUAAUAAUGAAGAUAAAAAAAUAGAUCCUUCUAAAGACAGAAGACAAAUUAUUCCUGUUGAAACUAGUAUCGAAUACAUGCUAAGCAACGCUUAUAAACAAACUUAUGGGGAUGAACCUGUAUGGACAAAGUAUAGAAGAAAUCAUAUAGGACAAAUACCCCCUAGGAAAACGAGAAAAACAUGUAUAAGAGGAGGUAUAAUAAGUUGUGGUAAUCCUUGUCCAAUAUGCAGAGAUGAAUAUUUAAUCUUGGAUUACAGGAACGUUAAAUUAUUGGAACAAUUCAUUUCUAUAUAUACAGGUGAAGUACUACAUUACAGGAAAACUGGAAUUUGUCAAAGAAGAUAUAAACAACUUCAUGUAGCUGUGCUUAAAGCAAAAGAAUAUGGUACUUUAACGUUUGAUGUUCCACUUAGGAAAUACGACUAUUCAGAGUGGUAUAACGAACAAAAACAAAUAUAA